AUGGUUUCGUUUUCACCAGCUCGCACAGGUUUCGUUUUCACCAGCGCGCACUCUUUUUGUCUAGUUUUGCGAGAUACGCAGUCGUUUGCAUUCUUCUAUGAAUUGCAGUUUGAACGAUUGUUGGCUUCAAAGGUGGCAAUGAGUGUCUCAGGUAAAAGAAGAGUGAAGGAUUUAUUGCUUCAAAAGGAUAAUCGCUUUUGUGCUGAUUGUAAUGCUCCAGAUCCUAAAUGGGCAUCAGCGAAUAUUGGAGUUUUUGUCUGCUUAAAAUGCUGUGGUGUGCACAGAAGUCUUGGUUCUCAUAUAUCAAAGAUUUUGUCUGUGACAUUGGAUGAAUGGUCAAAUGAGGAAAUAGAUGCAAUGAUUGAAGUGGGAGGAAAUUCUUCUGCUAAUUCAAUUUAUGAGGCUUUUAUUCCACCUGGAUGUACAAAACCUGGACCAGAUGCCAGUCAUGAGCAGCGUGCAAAAUUCAUCCGGUUAAAGUAUGAGCAGCAAGAAUUUUUGAAACCUAGUUUGCGCAUUAUGUCAGAUAAAACCAAUCCCCGGGCAAAUAUUAACAAAGGGCUUAUGGAUAAUUUUCUAAGUAGUAGUUGUUCACAGAAUCAGGACGGAAAGGGAAGAUCUAUUGGAAAGUUGAAGGUAAAAGUGAUCAAAGGAACGGAUUUAGCUAUCAGAGAUAUGAUGACAAGUGAUCCAUAUGUUAUCUUCACACUUGGCCAACAGACUGUUCAGACAACUGUAGUAAAGAGUAAUCUGAAUCCAGUCUGGAAUGAAGAACUUAUGCUGUCUGUUAAUCAGAAAUUUGGAUUAUUGAAUUUGAAGGUAUUUGAUUAUGACUUAUUUUCAUGUGAUGAUAUAAUGGGGGAAGCAGACAUAGAUCUUCAACCCCUGAUUACAUCUGCAAUGACAUAUGGAGAUCCUAGCAUGUUUGAGAAUAUGCAGAUAGGAAAAUGGCUGAAAUCCCAUGACAAUGCGCUUAUAGAUGAUAGCCCGGUCAAUAUUGUUGAUGGUAAGGUUCAACAGGAGAUGACAAUCAAGCUCCAGAACGUUGAAUCUGGAGAAUUAGACUUAGCACUUGAGUGGAUACCUAUUGAGUCUUGA